AUGACCAUGUCGAGACUCUUGGCUCUGAUUUCCAUACGCACUGUGCUCUACGCGCUUCCCACUUUAACACCCUUGCGCGAGAGCUCGCAGUCGAAGAACACUACUCCUGUGCAGGUCUCAGGAACAGCGUUAGCUUUCUGCAGUAUGCCUCUAUUCACUCGUCACACCAAAAGGCCGCCUUCGCCAGAACCAGAGUUGGCAGUGCCGCAUUCCCGUGUUCGUUCUCCCAGCGUAUCCCACAAGUCCUCGGAUCCGGCUAAACCGCACGGAUACAGCAAAGGGGGCUUGCAGAGAGAUGCUCAAUACUCGCAAGGUGGCGUUGUCCGGCAACCAAGCGAACCUCAUCGAGACCCUCGGUCGGAAGCUCAUUUCUCUGCCCAUCCUUCAGCGAAACCGAUGCUCAGGCAACCGUCGCGCCGGGGAAGUACUGGCCAAGAGAGGCGCGAACGCCAGCGCGCCCAUGCCGUGUCUAUAGCUCUCGAUCGCGCCCCUUCUGUAUCCGACCCUCGGGAUGCGACGACUGGACUCCGUGAUUACGCUCUCGUUGGUGACGAGUCGCAGUUGUCCCCGGUACACUCGAGCGUCCGCUCGAUCCGCACAAUCGACACGGAACCUGAUCGGCUAGCCAGAACUUGUGGACAGGGGCCGAUCAGUAUGCGCACUGCCCGCCCGCGUCCGCUUUCGAGCACCACAACGCCGCGGAUGCCGUCGGCGGCACGGGAAGCGCAGUACAUAGCGCAGCCUACAUUGGGAGAGGAUGAAGAUAUAGGCAAAUACGCGUUGUCCAGCGGUGGUCAAGUCUGCUCCUUACGUGCUCGUCGCUCUCCAUCUUCGCACGCGCACUCCUUCGUACCAUCCUCUUCCUUGGUUCCUAUGACUCUUCCGUAUAAGCAACAGCCCGACGAGGAUGACCAUGAGUCCCCAGCGUUAUUUCGGACGCCAGAGCCGCGUCCGGUGCUGAAGUCGCUCAGCAAGCUGUUGCAAAGGCAGGGACAGCGAUUACAGGAUUACAUUGAAGUCGAGGAGCUGCUCGAGGACAAGGAGCGUGAGGAGAAAGAUAGGCAAGCUAUAGCGAGGAGGCUGCAGUCGUUGCUUCUAGAUGGUCCCCAGAAUGGCGACGGAAAGGACACCAAGUUUCGUGUCUUUGGUGCGUCCUUGCGGGAAGCAGCGACCUAUGCACCGACGACCGCUGUGUUGUGCGGGUAUCAGCAUAACCUUCCUACUGUCGUGUACGCAUGCAUCGAGGAACUCUAUCGCACGGGUAUAUACCAGCAAGGACUGUUCCGUGCUCUCCCCAAUCGCGCUCGCCUCUUCAAACUCGUUGGUUCAUUCAACACUGCCCCUCCUCCCUUUUCGCCUGCUCCGUACGAGCUGCCGACGGUGCGCCAGGAAUCUAUGCCGAACAUUUGCGCGCUCCUCUCUACGUACCUGGAUGCUCUUCCGGAUGCUCUGUUGAACCGCACCUUCCAUAACGCACUUUGGAGCUGGUGCAUCCGGCCAUCGGUAGCCAGAGAGGAAGAACAACGCGCGCGAGAAAUGUCGCCCGAGCAGGAUGGCGACUCGUACUCCCGAUCCAAGAGGCGGCGGAAGCGAUCUCAGUCUGACCCCUUCGUAAAGGGUUCUCCUUCCGCUCGGGACAUGACGCAAGAGGAGUUGCGACAACAGGAACUGGAUGCGGAGGCUCCACAGAUUGCCAUAGCACAGCACAUCUUCCGCCUCCUUCCUCGAGAGAACUUCUCGUUACUCUUCUACCUGUGCGCGUUCUUCACACAGAUCCCACUUUGCCCGGACAAUGGGAUCGUCUUUGAGGACGUCGCUCGUAUCUUCGGGCAUCGGCUCUUAGGCGGACCGAGCAAGAAUGCAGCCAGAUUGAUGAUGGUGUGGCUGUUGAAUAGAUGGGGACGAAUCUCCGAGGGAUUUUUCGACGCUGAGCAGGAGGCAGUGUCCAAGAGGGGCUCCAGAAAGAGUACCGUUCAAGUAGGUGCCCCGGAUUUCAAUGCGGAGGAACGAAACCGAAGGGCAUCAUACCCCACAAGAAUGGCUGACAGCAGCCGUGUGCACCUGACAUAUAUUGACCAGUGCGACACGUAUACCGAGUUUGAGCGCGCGGUUCAUUCGCAGAUGCAAGAUCAUCUCGGCUUGCCUGCACGGCGACCAUACUCCUCGUUCUCGUCAGAUGCAUCCUCCAGCACGUUCACGUCCACGACGGACAGCGAGCUCAGCGACUUCUCUGGACAGCCCAUUUCUAGGUCUUCCCUUGUACCAAGGACAGAGGGCGACGACCAGAAUCAACGAGUGAGCAGUGGAAAGGAACCGUAUGCGCCAAACAAUGUCGCCAUUGUGAGGACGCAGGACUAUGUUACUUUCCCGGGUCAUCCUCCCGGCGAUCGCGAGGUGAUCGAAUCACCGUACCCUGAUGCAGAUAGACACGGUACUUCUCCGUCUGACACUAUGUAUCAAAUGAGCAGAGUCGAGUCAGCGGCCGAUUCUGCCAGUAUUUACUCCGCCGGCGAAGAUGAUGCCACGUCUUGCGAUGAAACAGAGUCGCGAUCACACGAGUCCGACGAACAGUUUAGUCCAUUACACCGAGUGGAGCGCCAUCCCCCGAAUCUGUCGUCUCGACUUGCGGACUCUACCUUCCUCCCUACCGAUCUGUCUACGUCCAACCGUGAGCUCUCUUCCGCCCGCGACCGUAUUGCCCAGUUAGAGCGUGCCCUUGAGCUCGCUGGCGCAAGAACGCUUGAUGGUGGACCCGCCGACGCAGAGCGAACUCCUCGCCAGCAAACCCGUUAUCAGUCCGACCAAACAAGAAACGAUACUGCGAGCGCCGUGCACAGCGAGACACGGAGACAGCUACAGGUUGCGCUCAGCCAGCGUGACGACGCUCGGAAGCUUAUGCUGAAUUUUAAGAAAGUAAUUGAGGGCGCACUCGAGAAAUAA